UGGGAUGGCCGUAACAACAUGAAAAAGAAAAAGUGUGGUGGUCUAUUUUCAUCCAGCCAGUGAUUCAACACAACUAACCUGGGGGACAGGGACUGAGAGAGAAGAGGUAGGAGACAGGUGCGUGGCCACAGCCGUGACCAUGGAGCCUCCCCCCUCUCUGAGCUUGGCGCUGCUAGGAGGGAGCGAGGAUGAGGACCAGCGCUUCCUCCUUCCCCUGGGCAGUAUAUCCCAUCCCUCCACCACUGGCAACCAGCCAGGAUCAAACCACUCCAACCACAUGGGAGGAUCAAGCCUCGACCGCCUAAAUGGCAGCACCCCGUCCCCGUCCCCUGCCACGCCCAACUUGCCUCCAACAUCACUCCCCAAGUUGCCCCUGUCAUCCUCUGGAGCCCAGCCUCUGCCCCCGCCUAUACCCAAUGCCCUGCACCCCACUAGCACGCCGCUGUCCUCGUGCUUGGGCUCGCAGCACAGCCUGAGCGGGGACAACUCGCCGGUCUACAACGCCCUCUUUUACUCCUCCCACUCGCCCUCCAUGGAGCGGGAAAGGGAAAGGGAGAGGGACAGAGAGCGUGAGAGGGACAGGGAAAGAGAGCGAGGCUGCAAACACAGACAGGCCAGCCCUCUGGUUCACCGCAGGGACAGUAACCCCUUCACGGAGAUCGCCAUGAGCUCCUGUAAGUACACAGGCGGGGUCAUGAAGCCCCUGAGCCGCCUCAGCGCCUCCCGCAGAAACCUCAUCGAAUCAGACAGCAGCAGCGAAACCAAAGAGGGUGGCGUUUCCGCUGUUGCUGGGGCAACGGCAGCUGGGGGGCAUGACCGACAGCGAGAGGCCCCUCCUACCUCCUCGUUGUCCCAGUCCUCUACCAAUCAACCCCCAAUACAGAGCCCGCCAGAGAUUGUGAUUUCAUCCAAAGAAGACUCGCCGUACCCCAGAGCAGGGUAUGACAUCACAGACUCCACAUCCAACCAGAUGUCCAUCUACCACCAGAACCACGCGCUGGUGGAGAGCAGGCGGGCGCAGACGGGGAGGGGGAGCAGGCAGGGAGGGGUAGGGGCGGUGGGCGCCGGGGCCAGGGGCAGCACCUCCAAGGCCCCCAAACGGAAGAACCAAAACAUUGGCUAUAAACUGGGGCAUCGCAGGGCGCUGUUCGAGAAGAGGAAGAGGCUGAGUGACUAUGCGCUCAUCUUCGGGAUGUUUGGCAUCGUCGUCAUGGUGAUUGAGACGGAGCUGUCGUGGGGCGUGUACACCAAGAGUUCCAUGUAUUCUCUGGCCCUGAAGUGUCUGAUCAGCCUGUCCACAGUCAUCCUGCUGGGCCUCAUCAUUGCAUACCAUGCACGGGAAGUUCAGCUGUUUGUCAUCGACAACGGAGCUGACGACUGGCGAAUCGCCAUGACCAUGGAGAGGGUUCUGCUGAUCGCUCUGGAGCUGCUGGUUUCUGCGGUGCACCCAGUGCCAGGGGACUUUAAGUUUCAGUGGCGGGCGCGGCUGGCCUUCUCGUACGCGCCAUCGCAUGCCGAGGCCGACCUGGACAUGGUGCUGAGCGUGCCCAUGUUCCUGCGCCUCUACCUCAUCGCCAGAGUCAUGCUUCUGCACAGCAAACUCUUCACCGAUGCCUCCUCCAGGAGUAUAGGUGCCCUAAAUAAGGUGCAUUUUAACACACGGUUUGUAAUGAAAACCCUCAUGACUAUCUGCCCCGGAACGGUGCUGCUGGUCUUCAGCAUCUCUCUGUGGAUCAUCGCUGCCUGGACUGUACGAGUGUGCGAGAGGUAUCACGAUGCCCAAGAUGUGACCAGUAACUUCCUGGGAGCCAUGUGGCUUAUCUCCAUCACCUUCUUGUCCAUCGGCUAUGGAGACAUGGUUCCUCACACCUACUGUGGCAAAGGAGUCUGUCUGCUCACAGGAAUCAUGGGUGCAGGCUGUACAGCUCUGGUGGUUGCCGUGGUAGCCAGGAAGCUGGAGCUGACCAAGGCCGAGAAACACGUACACAACUUCAUGAUGGACACGCAGCUAACCAAGAGGAUAAAGAAUGCAGCGGCUAACGUGCUGAGGGAAACGUGGCUCAUCUACAAACACACCAAGCUGAUGAAGAGGAUCGACCACUCCAGAGUCCGCAAACACCAGCGGAAGUUCCUCCAGGCUAUACAUCAAUUACGCAGUGUAAAAAUGGAGCAGAGGAAACUCAGUGACCAGGCCAACACACUAGUAGACCUCUCAAAGAUGCAAAGCGUCAUGUAUGAGCUCAUGUCGGAGCUUAAUGACCGCAGUGAGGACUUGGAGCGCCAGAUGCUAUCCCUGGAGCAGCGGGUUGAACAGCUCACCGCCGGCUUCAACACCCUGCCCGCCCACCUCUCAGCCACCCUCAGCGCCCAGCAUGCAGCCCUGGUCCACUUGCUUCGUGAGAGGGAUGCGAGGGACGGUAGAGGUGGUGGUGGUGGAGGAGUGGGAGGCGCUGUGGUGCCACUGUCCCCAGCUGCGUCUUUAACCGCUGCUUCAAUUUCUCCAGUUCAGGUUGCAUCUCCAGCGCCGCCCCCGUCCCAGGUCCCUACUCUGGCCUUGGAGUCCCCUCUGUCGCCCCCACCUCUGAGCCCGGAGGGGAGCCUGGAGGCGAGUCCCAACCCCAACACCUGCACUUCUAGCUGCUAAAGACAGCUCAGGAGAGGACAUAUGUGGAAAGGAAACAGGGAGACAAGGGGAGGGGGGGGUACUAAAGGAGAGAAAGGAGGGAGGAGGAGGAAAGAAAUGUGAGGUGAUCCUCUGAAACUAACACUGCUCCAUGAGGGAGGGAUGAAGACGGGACCAUGAGGAGAAAUAAUAGGAUUAAGAUUGAGGGCCGGUAUGAAUGAUGAGACAUGUAAGGGACUUUGGGGCGCCUUUCUGACGAGCAAAGGAGAAGAAAAAUUGAGGAAAAAUGGAGACACUAAAAUGUGUGAGGGGGAGGAAGAAUGUCAAGAGGGUGAGAAAUGGAGGUAGGGAGGAUGAGGAGGGGGGAGGAGAGAGGAGGAGAAAUAACGAGGAAUAAUUAUAUGAACUCAGAGCUCCUAAAUGGAAUCCACUCCAAUUACUGAAAAGGGCCUUUUAUUCUCUCUCUAUCUCUCCCUUUCUUUCUCUCUUUCUCUCUCUUUCCUCCCCCCUCUCCCAAUCUUUCUCUCCCUUCAUCAGGAAUUAAUGACCAUGACUUUUUAUCCUUAUGAUGUAUUUUCUAUCUGAAUGCUAAUUGUGUGUUAACGAGCAUCCCUUUAACAGAAGGUUCGAUCAAUACGACCAUGAUAUUUAAAAAAAAAAAAAACUAGUGGCAUGCACUGCACACACACACACACACACACACAACUUAUACCGACACACCCUCCACGCAAUACAAGUGAACACAGCACAAACAUAAUAACAUACACAAUCUUUCACAAUGCAGGCCCUAUUUACACUCACACAAAGAAACUGUGUGCCCACAAGAUAAUACUUAAGCCUAUACUGCCAAGCACUCAAUGCACUGUCAAUCUCCACAGAGCACUGCCAAGCAAUGUAGACACACUGUAAAAAAUGUUCAUCCAAACGACUUAUCUUUCGUGGGUGUGAGCUAAUGCAGUAGUUUAGACUUACAAUGCAUAGUUGUGACAUUUUGAUUACUCAGUCGGGAGAAUCUUAACCCUUCACUGAACUACACCAAUUACAGAUGAGGUCGAAAUAAGUUGGUAUGACACCAAGGAACAUGAGUCAUCACAGCAUCUGUUUGUGACGAGGAAGACGGUCGAAGAUGAUAGAAUAAUCCAACACAACUGCAGCAGGACUUUAUUACUGCAUUUAUUUAAUUACAGGUUGAGUUGAACUGAUGUUUAUGUGCUGUGCUGAGAUGAGACUUUGAAGAGUUUGUUUUUGUUUAAUUUCUGUGAACGUUUUUUGUGAAAACCUCAGAAAAAGAAUGAUUUCUAGUUGUAUCAAGUGCAUUAAUACUGGGAUGGUUGUUGGAAGGAAGAUGACAACACAACAUUUAUUAAAGGUCCAGUAUGUAAGAUUUAGGGGGAUAUAUUGGCAGAAAUUGAAUAUAAUAGAGAGUAUGUUUCAUUUAGUGUAUGAUCAUCUGAAAAUAAGAAUCAUUGUGUUUGCAUUGCCAUAGAAUGAGCCGUUAAAAUCUACAUAGGAAGCAGUGCCUCGUCUACAGAAAUCGCCAUGUUGCAAUCCCAUGUUUCCACAGAAGCCCAGAACAGAAGAACCAAACACUGGCUCCAGAUAGGGCCAUUUGAGUUUCAGCCACCAUAGUUAGCAGC